AAUGAUGAGAAUGUGGCACACGAGCAUACUGGUUUGUGAUGCUAAACAAAUAAAUGUAUGACAAAGGGAUGUUGUACCGAUAAGUGAAUUGAACCACGUUUUCCAAAUUAGUCACAACUAGCAACAAUUCUAAUUUUUAUUUCGUUUUGCAACUGUUCGCGGCAUUCGAAAGCGCACAUAUGUAUAAAAAUAGUUUGGAAGAUUUUUAUUUGAUCACAUCUGUGGAUUAGCAACCGUACAGGCAUCACGUGCAAUUUAGUGAUUAAAGAACAGAGAGACGAAAUGCUACUCUAAGUCAACGAUCUUAACAAAGAUGUUCAAGUUACGCAACGUUUAGUUUCCGGUAAAUUUUCAAUUCGAUUACUUGAUUGUCUGGUGGAGAAAAAUCUUCCAGGUACCUGAACUGGAAGUUUGGAAAAUAGUUGGAGUUGCAGACAAUAACUGCAAGUUGUGGAAGCAACUGGGAAAUGAGAAUACAUUUUCUAUUUAUCAAAAUAAUUAUCAAAUGAAUGAUACUUCAGGUGUAGCUGAAAUGUUGAAAUGGACUUCAUCGAUAUACUGGAGAAACAAGAACCCAUCAAACAGUCCUGUGAUGGAAGAACUUGUACCUCGCUUGUGUCACUCGAAAUGGACCCGUUGAAUUUUACUUCUCAAAAGAAUGAUGAAACAAUGGUUGGCAACGACACUUUUAAACACUAUGUGACUGAAUCUCAAACGGCAAAUGAUAGCAAUGAUAGCGAUCUUGAAUCGGACGAACAGGACGGAGAAAAGAGUACAGAAUCUUUGCAUGAACAACCUCCUGUUAACAGACAUAAAUUUGCUGACAUUUUCAAUGAAAUCUCGGCAGUGACUUUCCGUUGCUGCGGAUGCAAAACUAGUUGCGCUACUCUGGAUGAACUGAGAGCCCAUAGUGAAACGAUACAUUCAAUGAAUUCCGUGUCGAUUGAUCUUCUGAAAGGCAAGAAACAAUGUGAGAUUUGUUUCAAAAUUUUGAGUAAUAACAGUUCGUACAAAAAUCAUCAAAAAAUUAACAAAAUUGAUUUUCAAUGCAAAAUAUGCGGUGAUAUAUUCUCUGCCCGUAAGCGAGUGCUUUCACAUUAUAAAAGGCUACAUGGACCAAACACGAGGGUUUCCGAUGAGUAUCGUACAUGCUGCGGAUGUGUCGAAAAGUUUGAAACCAGAGAUGCCCUCAAAGCACACUCCGAUAAAGUGCAUCUGCCGGAAAAACCUCCACCAAACGAAAAUCGUCCAUUUGUCUGCCAGAUUUGCUUCCACAACUUCACAAACGAGAAGCACUUGUACGCCCAUCAGAUAAGACGAGUGAAGUACGCUAAGAUUCAUCAAUGUACGCAAUGUGGUAAAACCUUCACUGGUGCUAGUAUUCUUCGAGAUCAUGAAAUCUUUCACCGCGGUGAUCAAUCGUUUCAGUGUAUGCAUUGCUCAAUGACAUUCAGUAACAGGGAUACAUAUCGCAGGCAUGUUCGCCGGCACACGAAUCAGGCAGAUCAAUAUCGAUGUGAAGAGUGCCCCAGAAGAUUCAAAACGCGUAAAAAUCUUCUAGAACAUGCUCUUUUGCAUACCGGUGAACGUCCGCUCGUCUGUCCAUACUGUCCGAAAACUUUUGCUCGGGAUAGCUGUUUUAAGUUUCACGUUCGAAUACACACCGGCAAGAAAAAAUUUCCCUGUCCGCAAUGCAGAAGGAAUUUUUCUUGUAGCUCUGAUCGAAAUCGGCAUGUCCGUUUGUUUCACGAGAGGCAGAGACCAUUCCCUUGCUUCUACUGCUCCAAUACAUACCCAAGAAAAGACUACCGUCGUAAGCACGUAGAAAGUACGCACGCGCAAGAACUUUUGGAGAAUCCCGUUCCCGAGUUGGAACUGUCUGGAAGCAAACGAUGGCAGUAGAGGCGGUUUCGUUUGGGAUGGUUAGUUUUACGAAUGAAACUGAAUAAAAAUUUUCUCAGUCCAAGUAUA